AUGGCAUACAGUAAUACAUCUGAUUCAGAUGUAACUGAAACUUUUACAGAUUCUGAAUUAGAGAAUGAAAUAGGUACUGGUUCUGUUGCCGACUCUGAUAAUGAAUCAGAUAGUCGAGACGAAGAACAAAAUAAAGAAGAAUUUUUCGAAGAGCUAAGAUGGAAAGAAGAGUGGUUCGAACUAAAAACAUUUACAUUUGACUCAAGUGAAUCUGGUAUUAGUUCAUAUAUACCAAAAAAUGAUGAAAAUAGACCAGUAGACUAUUUUCGUUUGAUAUUUGACCAUACUCUGAUGCAAAAAAUUGUUCAAGAGACAAAUAAAUAUAAUUUCUAUACAAUACGACAUGAAAAAUUACCUGAACGAUACCAAAAAGCAAUUGAUGCUACUGAACACGAAAUGUAUACAUUUUUUGCACUUUAUAUGCUAAUGGCUCAUACCAAAAAAAGCCGAAUAAAAGACUACUGGUCUACUGAUCCUUUGAUUGCCACACCUAUGUUUGCAGAUAUCAUGAGUAGAGACAGAUUUCAUUUACUCUUACGAUUUCUACACUUCAAUGACAAUGAAUAUCAACCAUCUGAUGAUAAACUACAUAAAAUCAAACCCAUAAUCAUUCAUUUACGUGAAAGAUUCAGAAAAAUUUUAGUUCCUUAUCAAGAUUUAUGUAUUGAUGAAAGCUUGAUGUUGUAUAAAGGCCGACUUAGUUUCAAACAAUACACUCCAUCUAAAAGGCGCAGAUUUGGAAUCAAAAUAUACUUUAUAUGUGAUGUUCAUACUGGGAUUAUCUUAGACUUCAUUAUUUACACUGGAGCCAUCACUGAUAUAAUCAAAUUUCCAGAUGUCGGAAUUUUUGGUUCAAUUGUUAUGACUCUGAUGCAAUCUUACUUAGAUAAAGGUCAUAAUUUAUUCUUAGAUAGUUGGUUCACAAGUCCUAUACUUUUUGAGACGUUACAUGCUAGGUCAACUGGCGCAUGUGGUCCUGUAAGAGUAAAUAGAGUGGGUUUACCACAGUUCGAAAAUAAAAUUAGUAGUGGUCAACAAGUUUAUAAAAGUACAGAUAACAUGCUGGCACUGAAAUGGUAUGAUAAAAGGGAAGUUACAAUACUAUCUACUAUUCAUCAACCUCAAAUGAGAUUUACAGGAAAAAAUAAUCCAAAAACUAAACAACCUAUUCGAAAACCAAUUUCGAUAAUCGAUUAUAAUUCUAAAAGCGGAGAAAUUGACAAAGUUUACAUGCAAACUAGUUUUGUUGAAUGUAUAAGAAAAUCUGUCAAAUGGUAUAGGAAAUUAUUUUUUCAUAUGCUUGAUUUAUUAGUUUUCAACACAUAUUUGCUUUACAAAAUGAAAGCCGGGGAAAGACCUCAAUCAGUAGACUUUCAUUUACAACUUAUACAUGAAAUUUUACAAACUUAUCAUACUCCAAAACCAACAAUUGGACGAUCUGUACAUGGCUGUAAACCAACUAGACUUACUGGUAGACAUUUUCCUACUCUUGUGCCUCAAACAACUGAAAGAAAAAAUCCUCAAAGAAAAUGCUUUGUUUGUGCAAAUACUAAUAGAAAACCUAGAACGAGAACAGAUUCACGUUAUAUGUGUAAAGACUGUGACGUGGGUCUUUGCGUAGUUAAUUGCUUUGAAGAAUUUCAUACUUUGGUAAAUUUUUAG